AUGUUGAGCGACCCUACGGCAGUGGAGUCAGAUGGAGAUGUCAUCGCGGAUAGUGACGCCGAUGCGACGUUUUCCGACGACUCUCUGGAGUCGGAUGACUUCCUGCAGCCACGGAACAGAUCUUCCACUGGCGGAACCCGCCCAAACCCACACCUCUCUGCCAGGGCUGGCCGCAUCGCUCCGACGCCUGUCUUUACAACUGCUCGUCAACUCGGAGUCUUAAGCGUCUCAGAUUUAGAGAAUGAGAUUUCCGAUUUUAAUGCGUCUCUGGAUGACACUGAAGCUGAAAGCCUAGACGAGCCCGUCAAUAACAUCGGUGCCGCUGUCACACAUGCGUCUCGUCUCAGGCGUGGCUUCCAACGUCCAAACCUCACCCCACGUUCAGUUUUGGAGCGCCAGCGACUAGUACAUCACCACCCUGAGCUCACAACAAUGUGGCAGGAAUUGGAGAGCAAGGCGAUCCUCAAGCCCGAAAGGGCCACGCAGCCUCCAAGCAUUUCCCGACAGUUAAAGCACUUCCAGCUUGAUGGCCUCGCUUGGAUGCAGGCGAUGGAGCGCGGACCGUGGGAAGGCGGCCUGCUAGGCGAUGAAAUGGGUCUCGGAAAGACCAUCCAGGCCGUGUCGUUGAUCAUGUCCGACUACCCAGCCAAAUCACCGUCCCUCGUCCUUGUGCCCCCGGUUGCUCUCAUGCAGUGGACGUCCGAGAUCGCUUCGUACACUGACGGGACACUCAAGACUUUUGUCUUCCAUGGCACGAACAGCAAAACGAAAAGCAUGACGCUUAAGCAGCUCAAGGAGUUCGAUGUCAUUAUCAUGUCGUACAACAGUCUCGAGUCCAUGUAUCGCAAGCAGGAAAAAGGAUUCCAGCGCAAAGACGGCCUAUACAGGGAGAAAAGCUUGAUUCACCAGAUACAUUUCCACCGCGUCAUCCUGGACGAAGCACAUUGCAUCAAGACUCGCACUACCAUGACUGCCAAAGCCUGCUUCGCCCUCAACGCCUCGUACCGAUGGUGCCUGACCGGGACGCCUCUUCAAAAUCGUAUCGGAGAGUUCUUCUCCCUCCUGCGGUUUCUGAACGUUAAGCCCUUCGCAUCCUAUUUUUGCAAGCAAUGUCCCUGCAGCUCGCUCGAGUGGAGUCUCGACCACGACAGCCGCUGCACGGUUUGCUCCCACGCUGGCAUGCAACACGUGUCGGUAUUCAACCAAGAACUUCUCAAUCCCAUCCAAAGGUUCGGAAACCUGGGUCCUGGUGCUGAGGCGUUCAGGAAGCUACGGCUCUUGACCGACCGGAUCAUGCUUCGUCGUCUGAAGAAGGACCACACCAAUGCCAUGGAACUUCCCGUUAAGGAGAUCCGUGUGCAUCGGCAGUUCUUUGGCGAGGUGGAAAACGACCUCGCCAACAGCAUCAUGACCAACAGCAAACGGAAGUUCGAGACGUACGUGUCGCAGGGCGUGCUACUGAACAAUUACGCCAACAUCUUUGGUCUCAUCAUGCAGAUGCGUCAGAUCGCUGACCACCCGGAUCUCAUCUUGAAGAAGAACGCCCAAGGCGGGCAAAAUGUGCUCGUGUGCUGCAUUUGUGAUGAACCGGCCGAAGAUGCCGUCCGCAGCCGCUGCAAGCAUGACUUCUGCCGUGCCUGUGUCAAGGGAUAUGUAUUUUCCACUGAGGAACCGGGAUGUCCGCAAUGCCACAUCCCGCUGAGCAUCGACUUGGAGCAGCCAGAGAUGGACCAAGAUGAGGUCCUGGUCAAGAAGUCGUCCAUCAUUAACCGCAUCAACAUGGCGAAGUGGACCUCGUCUUCCAAGAUUGAACUCUUGGUCCGCGAAAUCCACCUGCUUCGCUCACCCAGGGCAUCUCACAAGUCUAUCAUUUUCUCGCAGUUCACAUCCAUGCUGCAACUGGUCGAGUGGCGGCUCCGACGUGCAGGCGUCACGACUGUCAUGCUGGACGGGACCAUGAGCCCUGCUCAACGGCAAGCCUCAAUCGACCACUUCAUGAAGAACACCAACGUCGAGUGUUUCCUGGUCUCUCUCAAAGCCGGAGGUGUAGCCCUGAAUUUGACCGAGGCUUCCCGCGUGUUUAUUGUCGACCCUUGGUGGAAUCCCGCUGCCGAGUGGCAAUCUGCUGACCGAUGUCAUCGCAUUGGACAAACUCGUCCCUGCAUCAUCGCCCGGCUCUGUAUCGAGGAUUCGGUAGAGAGCCGCAUGGUCCUCAUCCAAGAGAAAAAGACCAGCAUGAUUCACUCGACCGUGAAUGCCGAUGAUCAGGCGAUGGAGUCCCUUAGUCCUGAGGAUCUGCAAUUCCUCUUCAGUGUUUAA